AUGGUCACCGCCACUUCUCAGCUACGACAAAAGUCAUGGAGACGAGAUGAGUUUCUAAUCUCGACUGACCCCUCGCUGAUCCCAGUCAACGAAGUCAUCAAAGUCUUCAAGUCUGACGAAUUCUACUGGGCGAAACCUCUCCCGGAAGACGCGACCCGCGAAAUGCUCGACAAUGGCCUCUGCUUCGGUCUCUACGACACAGAUACAUAUUCACCACCCCCAUCUCCCGGCAACCCCGUCAAGAGAAAGCCCUCCGGACUCAAGUUUAUCGGCAUCGCUCGCUGCAUCACAGACUUCACCACGGUUCUCUACAUAACCGACGUCUGGGUCACUCCCGCCUACCGCAGCGAAGGACUAGGUACAUGGCUUAUGGAAUGUGUCAAUGAAGUUGCCGAGUCAAUGCCCCACUUGAGAAAGAGUAUGCUAGCUACGGGUGAUUGGGAAAAGAGUGUUCCUUUUUAUGAGAGGAUUAUGGGGAUGAAGGUUACAGAGGGGACGAGAGGGGAGACGAGGGCGAUUAUGGAGAAGAGAGGGAGAGGAAAUCCGAGAUACGAGGAGGAGAAGGGAGAGAAGAAGAAAUAA